UUUGCACCGAGCUUAGGAUUUCCUCUUUCUUUCACGACCCUGAUUGUGAGUUACCACCUUGUCUUUAAACCAGCUUUGUAGCGAUCCUUGGUAGCACUGCAAAGAUGCCCAGGGAAGACAGGGCCACGUGGAAGUCCAACUAUUUUAUGAAAAUCAUCCAACUCCUGGAUGAGUACCCCAAGUGCUUCAUUGUAGGGGCCGACAAUGUGGGCUCCAAGCAGAUGCAGACCAUCCGCUUCUCCCUGCGCGGGAAGGCCGUGGUGCUGAUGGGCAAGAACACCAUGAUGCGCAAGGCCAUCCGUGGCCAUCUGGAGAACAACCCAGCCCUGGAGAAACUCCUGUCCCACAUCCGUGGGAACGUGGGUUUCGUCUUCACUAAGGAGGAUCUGACUCAGGUCCGCGACCUGCUGCUGGCCAACAAGGUGCCAGCUGCAGCCCGUGCCGGUGCCAUUGCCCCCUGUGAUGUCACGGUGCCAGCUCAGAACACUGGGCUGGGUCCUGAGAAGACCUCCUUCUUCCAGGCCCUGGGCAUCACCACCAAGAUCUCCAGAGGAACCAUUGAAAUCUUGAGUGAUGUGCAGCUCAUUAAGACUGGAGACAAGGUGGGUGCCAGCGAGGCCACUCUGCUCAACAUGCUGAACAUCUCGCCCUUUUCCUACGGGCUCAUCAUCCAGCAGGUGUACGACAACGGCAGCGUCUACAGCCCCGAGGUGCUCGACAUCACCGAGGAGGCUCUGCAGCUGAGGUUCCUGGAGGGUGUGAGGAAUAUUGCCAGUGUGUGUCUGGAGAUUGGAUACCCAACUCUUGCCUCCAUCCCCCACUCCAUCAUCAAUGGUUACAAGAGGGUCCUUGCUGUUGCUGUGGAGACGGACUACUCCUUCCCCCUGGCUGACAAGGUGAAGGCCUUCCUGGCCGACCCCACUGCCUUCGCUGUGGCUGCCCCUGUGGCCGAGGUGGCUGAGGCAGCUGCUCCCGCUGCGGCCAAGGAGGAAGUGAAGGAGGAGUCCGAAGAAUCCGACGAUGACAUGGGCUUCGGGCUGUUUGACUAAAUCCCUUGUAACCUCCUAGCCUCAAUAAAAAAAAUUGUUUAAAACUGAAA